GUUCGACGUACGUGGAACGAGCGAAGGAAGACGUUAUCGCUUCUGUAGCGAAGAGCGAACUCGUAAAAUAACAUUACAAGUUUGUGAAGCUAAAGGUUACCUAUCAAGAUUUUAUUUUAUUAUAUUUAAAUUUAAAUAAUAAAAUGGCACCCGCAGCACCUGCAGUGAAACCUGUACCUGAUAAUGACCCUAUAGGCAUCAGAGCAGUACUUUUGGGGCCUCCAGGAUCUGGAAAAGGAACUCAGGCGCCGCUAUUAAAAGAGAAAUAUUGUGUAUGCCAUUUGUCUACUGGCGACAUGCUUCGUGCGGAGGUAGCAUCAGGUUCUGAACUAGGUCGCCGUGUAAAAAAAGUUAUGGAUGAGGGGAAAUUGGUGUCUGAUGAGAUGGUUGUGGACAUGAUUGACAAGAACCUUGACCAGCCAGAUUGCAAGAAUGGUUUUUUACUGGAUGGUUUUCCAAGGACUGUACCCCAAGCUGAAAAGUUGGAUGACUUAUUAAGCAAGCGUAAGACCGAACUGGAUGCAGUAGUUGAAUUUGGUAUCCAGGAUAGCUUACUGGUACGCAGAAUCACAGGAAGGUUGAUCCACCCUUCGAGUGGAAGGAGUUAUCAUGAAGAAUUUCAUCCUCCUAAGAAACCAAUGACUGAUGAUAUUACCGGGGAGCCACUUAUUAAGAGAUCGGAUGACAAUGUUGAUGCUCUCAAGAAACGCUUAGCCACAUAUCAUGCUCAAACUGUUCCACUUGUUGACUAUUAUAUGAGGAGAGGUCUCCAUUACAGAGUGGAUGCUUCUAAGCCUGCUGAAGCAGUGUUCAGUAAAAUAGACAAUAUAUUCAAAAGCAGGAUUUUCAAUAGAGCUUCCCAGUAGAAUAUGCAUUAUCUACAAGUAUUUCUUAAGUGAAAGUGGUUUUGUACAUAAUAACAUUUACAUGCAAUUAAAUCAAUCUCUGUUUGGGUUAUCUCUUGUGAGAAAAUAGGUAGUUAACUUUUUAGAGACUAUUUUUCUUGGACAAAUAUAUGGAUGGAUUGAUAUUGAGCCUAGUUGUUUUAUUAUACAAUGGAUAUAUUUAAUAAAUUUAUAAAAAUAUAGGAGUCUAGUUGCAUAAAAGUCCAUUAAAACUGGCAUUAGCUUAA